AGCCUGCUGUCACACUCCACUUUUCUUAGUGUUCCAUACAGUAGAAAAUGUGCAGAAAAAAAGACAAUUAAUAGUACUCACCAGUCACGUCUUAAUAUAUACUACCAAAAUCUACCAACAAAAAAGUGCAGCACACCAUAGCCAUCUCUUUAUCUUUGCUUCUUCAACGACCCAUUGCUUCCUUCAUACAUUCACCUCCAUUAACCCUAGAACUGCAAAUCAAGCAAAUGGGUCUUCUUAUUUCCGGUUUUGGACAACUGGGUCGGCCAUAGAAUCUUUCUUUUUGGCUUCUGUUCUUUGAUCUGCUCCCACUAAUUCAGCUCCCACAGCUUGUAUAGUGUAAAAAUGGUGUUGAUUGACUUGGUUUGACUCGGUUCCUCAAUAUGGCUCGGCGUCAUGGCUGGCAACUCCCGGCUCACUCGUUCCAGGUUGUUGCUAUAACAGUUUUCUUCCUGCUCUCUGUUGCCUUCUAUGCAUUUUUCGCUCCGUUCCUUGGAAAGGACCUCUAUGAGUACAUAGCAACUGGUGUCUAUUCGUUCUUGGCACUUAGUGUGUUUAUCCUCUAUGCGAGAUGCACGGCCAUUGAUCCUGCUGAUCCUGGGAUUUUUGUUGUAGCUGAUAAGACAUCACCCUGUAGAUCACACAAUGAGACGGAGUUACCCGGUGAUUCAUCUGUUAGAGAAGGGUCAAACAAGGGAGGACCCAGAAGUGGUGGAAAGUAUGAUAGGCAAGCUUCGGGUUGCUGUGGAAGAUUCUGUGGGUUCUUUUGUGGCUGCCUUGUGAUUGGCGAUUGUCGCAAAGAUGAGCAGCAGCAGCAAAACGGGGAGGAAGAGGCUUUGUUCUGCACAUUGUGUAAUGCAGAGGUUCGCAAGUUCAGCAAGCACUGCCGAAGUUGUGACAAAUGUGUUGACGGAUUUGAUCAUCACUGCCGGUGGUUGAAUAAUUGCGUGGGAAGGAAAAAUUACUUCACAUUUGUAUGCCUUAUGGGAGCAAGCCUUAUUUGGCUUGCCUUUGAAUGUGCCGUGGGCAUUGCUGUUAUAGUUAGAUGCUUUGCAUAUAAAAACGCUACAGAGUUUCAGAUCAGGGAUAGGCUUGGAGAUGGAUUCUCCCGACCACCAUUUGCUACUGUAGUGGCUCUAUGUACAGCAGUUUCGUUUCUUGCCACAGUGCCAUUAGGGGAAUUAUUCUUUUUCCACAUUAUUCUAAUACGCAAGGGUAUCACGACAUAUGACUAUGUGGUUGCUAUGAGGGCCCAAAGUGAGGCUCCUGGACCCUCCGUAGAUGCGGGAGACCUGCAAAGUUUGCCGCCUUCAUCACCAACGAGUUCUGCUGUGACGGCCAUCAGUGGAAAGAGUUCUUUGGGAAUUGGCUUGCAAUAUAAAGGUUCUUGGUGUACUCCUCCAAGAAUCUUCAUGGAUCACCAGGACGAAAUUAUUCCUCAUCUAGAGCCAGGGCGUUUACCCUCGACAGUUGAUCCAGAUACCGUGGAAGCAGAUAAAGAACGACAGCUACCACUGCGCCAACAAGUGAGAAUAAGCGCAUGGAAGCUUGCGAAAUUAGACUCCAAAGAAGCAAUCAAAGCGGGUGUCAAGGCCCGAGCUUCGUCUUCUGUUUUGCGCCCGGUUAGUUCUAGGAAUCAUCCCUACGAUGCUGAUACCUUGUCCAGCGUCGUGAGUGGUAAAAGCAGCCCAGCAAGCAGUAAUCAUGGAUACUUUGAGAGAAAUGCUAAAGCUGAGACCUCGAGAUUAUCCCCUUCCCGGAGCUCAUAUCCUCCGAGCCAAGCGAGCAGAGAAGACACUGAAACUUGCGGCCACAGCAUCAGCAACAUGAGCAGCCCUCUCCCGACGAACUUGCCUUCUAGUCGAGAUCAUUUCAACCCGAUGUAUCAAUCAUCUGCAGACCAGUCUCCACUGUCUACGAAAGUAAGUGACACGAAAGUAAGUGACACCAACGCUGCUGCCUCUUCUGGCAACGCCUUAUUACCCAAUUUACCGGCUAGGAAGAGCGGGUUGGGGGUUCCCGAGAACCCUAGGACAACGGUCGUCUGGGAUCAAGACGCAGGGCGCUUCGUAUCCACUGCAACCAAAAGUGUGGCGUCUUCCUCCCAGCAUUCUGCCGGGACAGAGCUAACAUACACAGGCCAGUCGAUAUUCUUCGGGGGUCCCUUGUCGUCGAAUGAGCCGCUGAGCAGAGGGAUGAGAGGCGGCAGCGGCACUGCAGCAUCGUCUGCCGGUUCGCACAGAAAUGCAGUGCCUAAUUACUUUCAGCAAGGAAGAUCACAAAGAGGAGGUCAGCUCCCUGUAUUUGUUCCUAGUGAUUCCCGGCAAGAUCCGUUUUCUUCCCGGUUGCAAUGACACUAGAAUCAGACAUUGAUUUUGCAGCUUUGUUUUCUCAACAAAAAAAAAAGAAGUUGUUUCCCUCUGAUAGUCUACCUUCAACAGUAAUAAAUGGUCUCUUCGUCUCAUUUUAAAUGCUCGAUUCUGUUAAUAAUUAUCUAAUUUUACAAUUCAACUUUGAUCUA